AUGGCGCUGGCUGCAGAUCAACGGAGGAGCAUCCUCAAGGUGUUGAUGCUUUCGCUCCUUUUGGAUCUGAUCUCCUUCACCUUCAUCCUGCCAUUAUUCCCCUCCCUCCUCACCUUCUACCGCAACCAAGACGACUCUCACACCUCUCUUUUAAACCGCGUCUUUCACUAUCUCAACGCGUACAAGAACUCCUUCGCCAAACCAAUCGACUCGCGCUAUGAUAUCGUCCUCCUCGGCGGCGCACUGGGCUCCCUCUUCUCCCUCCUCCAAGCCAUCGCAGCCCCUUUCAUCGGCCGUCUCUCCGAUCGACAUGGUCGCAGAAGAGCCCUGCUUUGCUCAAUGGUCGGUAACAUCUUCAGCGUAGCCCUCUGGGUCGCCGCGACAGAUUUCCGGACAUUCCUAGCCAGUCGUAUUGUUGGCGGGCUGAGCGAGGGGAAUGUACAGUUGGCCAAUGCGAUCGCGACGGAUAUCAGUGAUGAGAGUCAGCGUGGUGGAACCAUGGCGCUCGUGGGCGCAUGUUUCAGCAUCGCGUUUACGUUUGGACCGGCGCUGGGGGCAGGAUUGUCGAGUAUCACAACUGUUGCAGCGAACCCGUUUGCGACGUCCGCGGGAGUUUCACUGCUGUUGAUUGUUCUGGAGACGGUGUAUUUGUGGUCCUACCUGCCGGAAACGCAUCCUCGUCUUACGCAGUUGCAACAUGCUAAAUCGGACGACGCUGCGUCGGAGAAGGACAAUUCCUCCUCGAAAGCAACACCUAAGCACACGUACACCAACAAUCCGGCUCUCCUUAAUGCUCUCCACCUCCUUUUCCUCCUCCCCUUCUCGGGCAUGGAAUUCUCCCUACCCUUCCUAACGGCUACCUUUUACUCCGCCAACACAACAGCCAGUCCAUCCGCGCUCAACGGCCGUCUUCUAUCCAUGAUGGGUCUCAUCGCCUCCCUCCUCCAGGGAACCGUCGUCCGCCGUCUCCCCCCACUCGUCACACUACGCAUUGGCGUGGUCGCUUGUGCAAUCUCGUUCUUCCUCCUCGCGCGGGUGUCCUCCCUCGGAGGUCUCUACGGUGCAGGCGGACUACUGGCGAUCACCAGCGCAACCGUGGUUACUAGUCUGAACAGCUUGGGAAGCUUCGAGGCGCGCGAGAGUGAGCGUGGGGUUGUUCUUGGGAAAUUGAGGAGUUGGGGACAGGUUGGACGUGCGGCCGGACCGCUGUUAUUCUGUUCGUUGUUUUGGUUCGCUGGGAGGGAGAUUGCGUAUACCACUGGUGGAUUCGCGAUGGUGGGCGUUUGCGUGGGGGCUUUUGCGACGUUGAAGUCGCCCCCUAUUGCUGCAUCUCAGACUGGGAGAAAGUGA